AGCCAAAAUGCGCUGGGUUCCCGUAGCAUAGCAGCGCGCGCCAGCGGAACGCGAAAACCCGGUCCCCAAUCACAACUCCCUUUCCCCUCGUCGCCGCCUCGUCCCCGACCUUUUUCUUGUACCCCUCCCACCCCGAUUCACUCCGCUCGCGCUUCUCCCCGCAAUCCCCAAUCCCGCUCGCCCCAGGCGGAGGAGGAGGCGGGGUCGCGGCGAGCGAAGAUCACCUCCGAUCCUCCCGCCCCAGGGCCCGCCGAUCCGCUCCCGCUCCGGAUGGCUCUCCCGCAGCAGCAGCUCGCGGGGUCGGCGUCCGGGUCGGCGUCGGCGUCGAGCUCGAGCUCGGGGCUGCACCUGCUCACCUCGCCCUCACCAUUCGGGGACACCACCCACACCAAGGUCUUCGUGGGCGGGCUCGCCUGGGAGACCACCAGUGACAGGCUCCGCCGCUUCUACGAGCGUUUCGGGGACAUCCUCGAGGCCGUCGUCAUCACCGACCGGCACUCCGGCCGGUCCAAGGGAUACGGAUUUGUGACGUUUCGCGACCCCGAGUCGGCAAGGAAGGCAUGCGAGGACCCCACGCCGGUGAUCGACGGCAGGCGAGCCAAUUGUAAUCUGGCGUCUCUCGGUCGUGCUCAGCAUCCCGUGCCCCUUGGGCGGCCAAGAUCAGCUGGGUCCUACUUUGGUGUCCCAGGUCCAAGGGGCUUUUACGUAGGUGCUUAUGGCCAGCACCGACAACUUCCACUAGGGUACUACCAAGGAUUUCCAGCUCCCCAGUACAGUUGCACUACAUAUGGGACCGAAUACAUCUAUCCACAGGGUCCAUUAAACCCAUAUGUUGGUCAGCAAUAUCUUCCAAUUUAUGGAGUCUCAACUGCAGCAAAUACCGCUAACCAACCAUUUGGCCAGUUGAAUCCAUCCAUUUCUGGUGGAGGCAAUGGUUAUUUGUCGGUUCAUGGUUACAACGUGCCAGGAAACCAGUAUGUGCAGCUCACCGGAUCAAACUUUAGCAAUGCAUCACCAACGCUUCGAACUUCCAUUCAGACUCCCUUUAUAGUAGCACCUGUUCCCACACAUCCAAAUCUAGUCAUUCCAAUCCACUCACCUCAGUUUGCACAAGCUAGUGGUUCAGACCAAAGAGCAAGCUGAACUGUGGACCCAAACAUUUGUACCUUGAGGUACCCUUAGAUUGCAGCAGGACUAAAAAGAGCAGUGUUGCUUUAUCUGCAGCACUCGUUCUUGCCUGGCAAGAAAUCAUCCUUGCAUUCAUAAGGUUGUCCUUAUCAUGGUCAACAGAUGUACCUGGAAAUCAUGUUGUCCCGAUGGAUGGGGCAAGUGACCCAAGAGCAAUGGUUGCUCUUGCAGUUUCGCUUGGUUCAAAUACUAUGUCCCAAUGUGUCCGUGAUCGUUAUCAUUGAUGGAGCAUGAAGCGAUAGAUGCAGCCUUGUUGAUCCUGUAUCUGACGGCUCAUGGAGAUAUACUGGAUGCUGGAAUGGAGUCCAGCAUCUAUAAGGUUGAUUGGUCCAAGGAGGAUCAAUCAUGAUGAUGGCAUUCAGAUGAUUGCCCAUCUGAAACAUCAUGAAGUUAGUGUGUGGUGUAUUAUGUCCCAAAGUAGGCUGUCCUGUAUCAGUCUGCGCUCUGUAGUCAUCUUCAUGUUGUCUGCUUGUGAUGCACUUUUCACCAGCCUUUGGAGUUAAUCGUGGGGAACCUAGCUGUGGUACCUCCCUGAGAGCUUCCUCAGCUUGUUUACCUGGCUGGUUGUAGUCGUUGUCAAGGUGAUGGUUGAAAGAAUAAUAGAGAAGCUAGUGUUUGCCAGAACAGAACACACGAUCCAAUUGGGAUCGUAUUCAAUAUAUGUAGUAAGUGCUUGAGUA